AUGUUCAUAAAUAAAAAAAAUAAAGUUGAUCAAAACACAUUAUUUAACAAUUACUUCAAUGGAGCAGUAAACAGAAUGCUUAAUACAGUAAAUAAUUUAACUAAGCCCAGAAAAGAACAAAAUUCCAAUUUUUACAGCAGUCUUGUAAACAAUGCACUUAUUCGUAUUACAUCUAACUGUACUUGUAAUAUAGGAAUUAAACGAGAUGUUAAAUUCUACAUACUUAUAAUGUGUGGCAUAGUAUUAAGCAACAUAAAAAUAAGAAUUAUAGAUAAUGAACUUGAUGUCAUAAUUGAUCAAAUAAAGAUAGUAGAAUAUUUAGAUACAUUUCUUAGUGAAAACAUUUUAGGUGAUGGAAGAUUACGAGAUCUACACAAACUUCUUACAAAUACAUCUUUAAAAAGUCUUUCAAUUUUCUUUCUUAUUUUAAUGACAGAAUGUACAUUCAUUACACUUCUCACAGAUCUUAAAAAUCACCAAUAA